GCUCUUGCCCGGCGCGCCAGCCUGGCCGCGGCGCCUCCGCCUCCCUGCUAGGUCAGCCGGCGGCUCCGCCCGGCUGCCGCCCAGGAUGAACAUCAUGGAUUUUAACGUGAAGAAACUGGCGGCUGACGCGGGCACCUUCCUCAGUCGUGCCGUCCAGUUCACAGAAGAAAAGCUUGGCCAGGCAGAGAAGACAGAACUGGAUGCUCACUUGGAGAACCUCCUUAGCAAAGCUGAAUGUACCAAAAUAUGGACAGAAAAAAUAAUGAAACAGACUGAAGUUUUAUUGCAGCCAAAUCCAAAUGCCAGGAUAGAAGAAUUUGUUUAUGAGAAACUGGAUAGAAAAGCUCCAAGUCGUAUAAACAACCCAGAACUCUUGGGACAAUAUAUGAUUGAUGCAGGGACUGAGUUUGGCCCAGGAACAGCUUAUGGUAAUGCCCUUAUUAAAUGUGGAGAAACACAAAAACGAAUCGGGACAGCGGACAGAGAACUGAUUCAAACAUCAGCCUUAAAUUUUCUCACUCCUUUAAGAAAUUUUAUAGAAGGAGAUUACAAAACAAUUGCUAAAGAGAGGAAACUAUUACAAAAUAAGAGACUGGAUUUGGAUGCUGCAAAAACCAGACUGAAAAAGGCAAAAACUGCAGACACGAGAGCUUCAUCUGAACAGGAAUUAAGAAUAACUCAAAGUGAAUUUGAUCGCCAAGCAGAGAUUACCAGACUUCUGCUAGAGGGAAUGAGCAGUACACACGCCCAUCACCUUCGCUGUCUGAAUGACUUUGUAGAAGCCCAGAUGACUUACUAUGCACAAUGUUAUCAGUACAUGUUAGACCUCCAAAAACAACUGGGAAGUUUUCCAUCCAAUUAUCUUUGUAACAACAAUCAAUCUUCAAUACCACCUUUACCACCUGCUUCAUCAAAUGUGAUUGGCCCUCCUGCCAUGGCUUCAACAAGUGGUCUAGUAGUCACCUCUCCUUCCAACCUCAGUGACCUUAAGGAGUGUACUGGCAACAGGAAAGCCAGGGUUCUCUAUGAUUAUGAUGCUGCAAACAGUAGUGAAUUAUCACUUCUGGCAGAUGAGGUAAUUACCGUGUUCAGUGUCGUUGGAAUGGAUUCAGACUGGCUAAUGGGGGAAAGGGGAAAUCAGAAGGGCAAAGUGCCAAUUACCUACUUAGAACUGCUCAAUUAAAUAGGUGGACUAUGGAAAGAUUGCCCAUCAUGACACCAUAUUUAUAUACAACUAACUCUAAGUAAAGCAGGUUUAAGCAUCUUCCCAUGUUAAUGUCUUAGGAGACUAAAAAGAAAAUACCAGCCACAAAAACCAGCCUUUCUGCCAAUAAAGUUGCAUGGUAAAUAUUUCAUUGCAAAGUUUAUGCUAGAGCUUCAUGCCAGGAAUGUUUUCUUACAAAAUUCUCUUUUUACUGAGGUCUCACUAACAAACAGCUUCUACUUUUGAGCCCCAACUUAAAGCAGAAGAACUGUUUUCUACUGAAUUUUCCAUUAAUGGCAAGCUUUUUCUUUUAUGUAAAAUAAAUUUAUUGUGAAUCAAUAUCAGUGACUUAUUUAUUAGAUAUAAUUAAUAGCCAAAGAAUAAAAUUAAAACUUGAUUUUAAAUUUUUGGUUUCAAAAAAAGCUGUAGGAUCUAAACCUCUUUGGUGAAGAAUAUAAUGCUUCUGAAUGCUUCCAGAAACAAACACAGUUAUACCAUGUUUACCUUGUUUUCCAACAGAACUUUAAUGAUUUCAAGGCUAUGUUUUUUGGGGUUGUUUUGUUUUCUUUUAAAUGAUUACUAAAUGGUUUGUUUUAAAUCUAAGAACAACUAGUCCUUGAAAAGCAUUACCAUUUAUAUAUAUACUCUGGUAUAUUUGUAGUUCAGGUUCUAAAAUAUCUGGGACAAAUUCAGUUCACUAAAUUCAGCGUUUUUAAGAUUGCUCAAUCAGCACAGUUUAAUGCAUAAUCGGAACUGGAUUUGUUAAGAACAUACUGUAGUACAUUAAAGAGGAUUCGUUCUUAUUAAACAACAAAACAUUAUAAAAUACACGAAUUUAGUACAACUACAUUAUACAGUAGACUUAUAUGCAAAUGAGUAAACUUUUCUUGGUUACUCUGAGCCUACUAAUAAAUUUUUGAAAAUUUAUUAAUGAAGUUAGAUCAUCUUGCUUAGACUCUUUGUUAUUAAACACAUGAUAUGAAAUGCUUAGUGGUACUUAGGAGGCCAGAGAAUUGCUCAAGUGAAUUGGCAAAUUGUGCUCCUGUUAGGACUUCUCUCAUCAUCAUUCCUUCAUUCAACAAACAUUUGUUGAGAGCCCUGUCUAUGCUAGGCACGAUACUCAUCCCCUGAAUAAGAUACACACAGUCUUUGCCCCAGCAGAGCUUAAAGACCAGUGGAGGAUACAGAGAAACAGGCAGUUGUUAGAUGUAGCAUGAUCAGUGUUGUGAUGGAAGAAAUACAGAGUACUGUUUUGGAAAGCAUAUAGGAAAGUCACCUAACCCAGACUUGGGGGCUAGGGAAGUCAGGAGUGAUUUGGGGAUGAAAUGUUCCAGGCAAAGGGAACAAACAAGAUGUGCAGGCCUGGAGCCAAGAGAGCAUAGCACAUUCUGACAAAUAGAAGUAGUUCAGUCUGACUUCAGCAUGAAGUACAAAGGUGUUCAUUUCUUUGGGGAAUGUUAAUUAUCAUUUUAUUUUAUUUUGGCAUUUGAAAAAACGAUGACUACUUAAACACCGUUUUAAAAUAUAAUCCUUUUGUGUUAAGAGUUCCUAAAAAAAAAAAGCUUGGUAAACAUGUUGAUAAUUUAUAGUCCAAACUUGUUACCAUUUUAUUUCUAUGCUGUGAGAUAAAUUCUUCAGCAUUUUUAUCUCAGUAUAGUUGUACAAGACUCUUAGACUCACACUAUUGAGUUUUAUACUCUUGAAGAAUCUCAAAAUCUGCUCAGGCUGGUUAAUACAUAGAUCCAACUGAAUAAAGCUUAUUUUCCCCACAGCAAGGAAGUUCUACAGCCUUGAGUACUAUCUGUUAUAUUAUUUAUAAGUCCAGAUUUCGGCUUUGAAAGAUCUAUCAAAAACUCAGGUCAAUAUAAACACCAGUUAUAAAUUAGGUUUAUGGUAAGUAGCGUGAUAAAGGGGAAAGAAUAUAGGUAAUAUAGUGAGAUGGUCUUGGGUUCAAAUCUAGUCUUCCUCACAUACCUUCAACUCAGAAGUUGUAUAAUGUAAAAUAUGAAUAAUUAUUUCACCUCGGGGUUGUGAAGAUUAUGUGACAAAUGUUAUCUUGUAUCUUAGGUACUUAGGAAAGGCUCGGCACACAGUAGACAUUCUGUAAAUACCAGUUUCUCCUUGUUAGCCUCUGUAGCUUCCUCAUCUACCCAGACUGUGGACCUUGUUUAACUGUAUACGAGAAACCUUUUUUUAUAUCCAUGCUAUAUUCUACUCCCUACUAGCCCCAUGCUUCACCCUUUUUAAACAGACCCAGAUCUAGGUUUAACCUCAGUACAGUCAGUGUAAAUUUUUCAUCAGACCCUUCCACUUUCCAUCAAGUAGAUGUAGAUUGUAGUAACCAAGUAAUGUUCAGAAGCCUUCAGUAUAGUUAAAAGGCUUCUUGUGGUUGUUGACACAAGUCUACCACGGUAUGUGGGUUUGUUCUGUUUAUUUGUGUUUUAGUAGGUGUUGGUUGUUUGGGUUGGUUGGUUUGUUUCGGUUCAGUUUUGCUUGUUUUUAAAGUCAUAUGUUUAGUUUUUACUCAGGUAAAGGCCCAUUAAGGCUCUUAGGUAUGAAAAGAAAGCUUGGGAAGCCUAUUAAUUCAUAGUGUAAUUCAGAAUUAUUUAAAUAAGUGCUCCCUUUGUCCUCUAAUCUGAAAGGUCUGGUGUUAAAUCUUUCUUUUUUGGUGCUAAUUAGAAAAAUUCAUAUUGCAGGAGAUUAGGUGCUGAAAAUGGGAAUGUGCCUCACGCCAGGUAACAUGGGAAAUAAGAAACCUGAGGCUAGGGUCACCAUUGGGUUAGAGCCAAUCCAUGUAGUCUGCCAUUAUUGUCUACCAGAACAGAGAAGCAGAAUGAAGCUGGAGGAGAUAAAAUAUGGCGUGGAGAAGACAAUAGAGGCAAGCAAGAAAUAACUUGAGACUUUACCCAGAGAGGACUGGCAUACCUCCAUAUUUUGUUGACAGGAUUCCUUAAAAAUCCCUGCUGUACACUCCGUGUGCCUGAAAUUUCAAAAUAUGUUGCCCUAGUAUAUAGCACUUCAAGCCUAGGUGAAGAGUCAUAAUGGACAGAUGGCUUCACAAUUUGGCCUAAAGCCAAAUUUGCCACAGCACCUUCUCUAGAUAAUUAAGUGGCUCUUACCUCAUGGUGAGAUUAAAAGGGGUGGGGUGGGAGAGACAGUUCCUCAGUCACACCUGCCCUUUCUGCCCCAUCCUAUUUAGAGAGCCGGCCUAGUGAGAGCAGUGAUUCUCAGUGUGGUCUCCAGAUCGUCAAUAUCAGUAUCACCUGGGAACUUGAUAAAAAUGCUCAUUCCUAUUUCCCGGGACUUCCAUUUGUACUUGCUUUUUGUCUUCAAGGGCCCGUAGACCUAGUUCUUCCAUAACAGCUUUUAAACUAUUUCAAGACAAAAACCAUGUCUUUUUCAUCUUUACUGUGUUUUGCCACUAAUCAUAUUUAUAGUUACAUAAUUAUUUUUAUAAUUUACUUAAUAUUUAUCUGCCACUCAAAAAUGUAAUUUCCCUGAGGUAGGAACUAUGGCUCUUAAUCACAGCUAAAUGUCCAACUCUUAGCCCAAGGCCUAACACGUAGUAUGUACUCAGUAUUUGUUGAAUGAAAUUAAAAAUGGUAAUUGCCAGGCCUUACCUGCGACCUACUGAAUCAAACUUUGGGGGUGGGCCCAGCAGUACCCAGCUUGUUUUAACAAGCCUUUCAGGUGAUUCUAUUGCACUGUAAAGUUUGAGAGCCUCUACAGUAGAAGUAUGGAAACCUGCCUUUCAUCUUCAGGCCUAUUAUCUGACAUAACCUGAAAAAUUCUUCCUGCCUUUUGUCACCAUCACCAACAAUGCUGUUGAAGCGUAAAGGAACCUUGCUUGGCUGUACUACAAAUGGGUAUGAAGGUAUAAGGAUACACUUAGCGUAAGGGAAUUUUCGCUUAGAAUGCUAGUACUUGAUUGCCCUGGAGGGUUUCUAGGAGUGGGUCCCUUAAACUGAAGAAAGGUAAGCACUGCCACCACCCACAUUUCCACUCAGCACAGUGCCUUUUUUGGUUGGUAACAAUUUAACAUCCAAGCACCCUGACAAAAUCAUGAAGCUAUAUCAGACUAACAAGUGCAUUCUUGUGCUCUUAGGUUGUUAAGCUCAGUUCAUUACUACUUCAAAGGAGACUUUUUAAACACUGUUAAUGCUUUUUUAUAAUAUGUCAUAGACAUGUUGGUUAAAAAAAAAAAAGUACAGU